GAUUCUAUCACGCUGCAAUGUUUGGUUGCCACGCAUGGAAUUUGUUUACAAUAUUUACAGCUGAGUGAACAUGGAAGAAGGAACUGUUAUUUACAGUAGAGAGCUGUUUGAUCCUACAGAUGUCAAUGACUUCAGAAAUCGACGGGUUCUCAUAGAUUUACAGGAGAAGACACCAUCGAUAUCUUUUUACAUCGCCAAAGAAGAUGCAUAUAUUGCAAGUCUUACCGGUAUUAUAAAGUCCAAUCGAACAAAGUUUCUUUUAAUUGUUCCAAACAAGAGAGUUAUGAAGGAGAUUUUGAAACAUAUUUUCAAACUGACUGGUCAGCUGUACGAGGAUAUUCCCAUCGUGUUUCGUCAGUCCCACGUGACUUUAGCGCUAUACUUAAAACAUUGUCUGAUGAGCGGUAGCUGUAGCGAUACAGCCCUUAGUCAAACACGCCCUUAUAUUCAUUAUGAUGGUUUACUUAAAGAGAAAAAAGAAAACGAAGUUCUAAGAAGCAUUGGAUUGUAGGAGAGUGAA